GCUUGUAUCAAGAUUGGACCUUAGAUAAGUGGUGUACAGUAGUGUGGUCUGAUGAGAUCACUUUCUGUGUGUGGUACAACAUCUACCAGAGUGUACAGGCACCCAGGCUCUGCUCCCUAUAAUUCUCGCUACACUCAAAAAAACACCAAACAUCCCUUAGAGUUUAUUGGUUAAGGGAUAUUUUACUUUCAGUGGUCUUGAUGAUCUUGUGUUCUCUAAAAACACUACUAUCACUAAAGAAGUGUAUUUGAAAUUCUUUAUGGAUAAUCUUGAAUCAUCACUUGAGAAUACCAAAAGUGAGAUUUUACUACAGCAAAUCACUUUUCUGUUGAAGUACGCUUUCACAUGAGGUACACCAUGUCACCCCACACUGCCUGUUGCUUUGGUAAUCCCAUGCUGUCCAGAUGCAUGCCCAGUUUCUUGCUGUGACUGGUUUGGGAUUCAUGGAUAUUUUUCCAGUUUAGCAGGUUACAAGUGUUAUUUUACUCAUUAUCCAAUCAAGGAGCUAGUAAGUGCCCCUGAAAUUUGACUUUGUUAUUACACAUACACAUAAUUAUUAAUUAUUGCUUAAACCCCAUUCCCACAGCAAACUUAUAUCAUGUCUAACAGCUCGAGGAAAGAAACAAAAGAAAUUCUUGAGGUGCUCUUACUCGUUUUCUUUGUAAAGACACCCCGUACGUUUUCUAUUUCCAGGUAUCAGCCAUCAGGCCGAUUCCUUCAUUCGCCUCUUUGCUGUCGCAGGGCUUACACGUAGUCUUCAGCUUAUCCCUUUCACCAGCUUGUUGUUUUUUUCUUUUCAGCAGCGAUUGGUUUGUCUUUUGUUGCUCAUUAGUUUGUUUUUCUUCUACCGGGAGUUGUAAGUGUGUUAUGCCACGUAAGUGUGUGAAGUGUUUUCGUUCCCUCCCUUCUCUUACAGUGGACCCUCAUGAGGAGUGUCUAUCUUGUAGGGAGGUGUUUUGUAGCCUUGCUUCCCAUAGUGAUUGCUGCAAGGCCUUGUCACACGACCAGUUUUUACGUUUUUUGGAUAGUAUUAAAGAUCGUACUGAGAAGAGGAAGGCUUCGUCUUCUGGUAAGCGUAAGUCUUCCCCUUCAUCUCAGCAGCUGCAUAAACGCAUGUGUAAGAUGGAGGAGACGUUGGGUCGGCUUUCCCUCUUUCUCUCCUCUUCACAGGGUUCCCCCUUCUCUGGUUUCCAGUCUCUGGCUUCACAGGUAGACGAUUCCCACCCGGGUACAAGCAGGCUGUGCAUAGGCCAGGACAAGCGGGACCAGCUGGUGCCGCCGGUCGCGAGGUUGAGAUGGUACCAGCGUCCGCCGCAGACGCAAACACAACAGGUGGUUCCUGGUGCAGGAGGGUUCUGUUGAGGCUGGCUGACCAACUGCUGUGCCUGGUGGUAGUGGGAUGGGCCAAUGUCUUUUGGCUCCCAUGCCAGUUGGUCAUCCUCUUUCCACAGACGAGUCUUAUGAGGAUGAAGAGGAGAAUGUGGCAUCCAAUCAAGUAGGUGUUUCCCCUUUUUUACAGCUCAUAGGCCAGGUGAGAGACUAUCUUCAUCUUCCUGCUCCUGAGGCUCCUUCCUUGUCUCACCUUACGGGGUUAGAAAAGGUGCAGGGCUCAGUUUUGGCUCCCCAGUCUUCUUUUUCUCUCCCACGGUCACUUAUGGCUCAAGCUGUCCGUGAGGAAGCCCAAUGCUGGUCCUUGAAGGAGCUUAAGGCUUGCUCUGCAAAUUUUCAGUUGUCUAGGGACUGGUAUGGAUGAGCCAGGUCUUAUUAUCUACCUGAAGGGGCCUCUUUGGCUCCUCCUCAGGUUAAUGAGGAGGUGGGGGGUUUACGGCUGGUGGGCAACCCAGUGGUCUCUGUAUCCUCCCGCCUGUUGGUGCAAAUGGAGAAAGUGUGUGGCUCCAUGGCUCACAUUGCCUCUUGGACAGACCCGGUGUUGGCUACUUGGGCUGGUGCUGCUUCUAGCAUGGAACAGGAUGUUUUGGAAUUUUUGUUGGCACUGCCCAAGGCAAAUAAGGACAUUCUUCAUCCUGCUGAGGAGCUACAUUGUAGACUCUUUAUGUUACAGAAGUAGGCGAUAGUGGAUUCGUUGCCUCGUACCUUUUCUGACAGGGAGAAGCGCCAGCUCCUUUCUUCUCCCUUUUCUAACGUGCUUUUUGACCCUGUGGUGGCGGCCAGGGUACAGGAAGACGAGCACUUAGCUACUAAAAAAACGUGUACUGUCUUCUGUGGUGCAGGCAGUGUGUUAGGACUGUGUGCUCACUUGGGUAUUCAGAUCAAUCUGCCCAAAUCAGACCUGGUACCCAGCGAAAGGAAGCAGUACCUGGGCAUGGUGCUGGAUUCAGUAAGGGCUCUGGUUUUUCUGUCGCCAGAAAGGAUCAGCUUGUUUCUCUCAGUGGCGCAGAAUUUUCUAGAGGACAGAGCCCCUACGGUGUCUCUAUGGAGGUCAUUGCUGGGUCAUCUGGUUUCCCUGGAGAGGCUGGUCCCAGGCAGCCAGGUACGCUUUCAGUCCCUUCAGUGUAGCCUGAAAAAUCAUUGGAAGGCAGCGUUGGACCCUCCCUGGUGGCGGGUUCCUCCUUCACAGCGGUGUCUGGCUAACCUCUC